AUGUUGGCACGCUUGUUCACGGCGCAUGCUGUGAAUUUUCACGCCCUGCUUGUGUGCUUCAGUGCUGGCAUCUCUAUCAUAAGGAUCAAGGCGCUCUUCGACGCGCUUUGCACGCCUUCGGGCAGAUGCGCCACCGCGCAUUUGGACCUUUCAGGGACCAACCUCUAUCAGAACAAAGACCGCCUGGCCUCCCUCAUCAAGGCUGUUCCAGGUGGUAUGCGGAAGCUGAUUCUUGCCGACUGCGAGCUCCACACUAAUAGCGCGCCGCAAGUCUUCGAUGCGAUUGCGACAUGCGCGAAGCUCGAGCACUUGAAUCUGGCGAACAGCCAGAUCAAUCAGCUGGAUCCUCAUCCCCUGGGGAACAUCUGGAAGUCGAGGAAGAUGGAGGUGCUGAAUCUCAUGAACACGCGGACGAAUAUCGAGAAGGUCCUGGAAAAGGCCGCUCCGAGCCAGUUGACGAAGUUGCGCGAGCUGAACCUCGCCGGCUGCGCUUUCCCGGCCGAGCAGGCUGUGGUCACCAAGUUCUUCAGCCACCUCGGUGCAUCCUUCGAGAAGGUAUCUAUCAAGGGGUUCGGCAAGACGAACGAAGAGAAGAUGGCGAUGUUCAACGCAUUGAUGGCAAAACCCUCCCCCGCACUUGUCUACACCUUGGACCUGGACAACUUCGAGAUGCUAACGACGGAACUCAUCGAGCCUUUCAUGCUCUUAGAGAAGCCCUUUACGGCAGCGGGCCUCGCAAUCGGUGUUACAACAUGCGCUGCCGAUGCCUCCAAUUUGUAUCACCAAAUGCUUUCCGUCACUGCAGACAAGUGGAAAGCAGCCUUCGACAAGGGCCUCACAGGUUCUGCAGCAAAUGCUGACGUAUGGAAGGCUGUGGCUGCCUCAUUUCGGGGCAAGGCGCAUGCCCUCCCGGCCAUCACAGCCUGUCAGAAGCUCGCGGAGGUGUUCCAGCGUCUUGCAGUCACAGAGCUCCGCUUCCUCGCUCAGGCCCAGCAAAAGCCACAGAAUGCCGAUUUGCGGGUCGUCACCGCCAGUGGAAAGACAGGCCAGAUAGGCGACGAAUUCCGAGUUUCCAUAGACCAGGUGGGUUUCGGGCCUGCUACGGCCCUCGCCGUAGAAGGCCUGUCAUUGAACAAGCAGGUGUGGCAGCUGGACGUGUCCAACGCCUUGGGUGGGGAUGCGCUUGCUGUGGCAUUGGGCAGCAUGCUCAAGUCGAAUCGGACGCUGCAGAGUCUUCAGGUUGGGGGCAACUACUUCACUCCUUUUGGAUGGGGUGCUAUACGAGGAGCUCUCUACGGCAACAAGAAGCUCUUAGAGCUCCAGUUCCCCGUAAAAGAUGUGGAAAACAUGGCCGCAGCCUACCAGACCGAAAUUGAGCGGAUGGAACGCAAAGUGCUACAGAUCAAGAAUCAAGAGCGCCUACAAGUCAACGAAAGGGCGAAAGACUCCGACGCCUGGACAUAUUACUAG